UUCAGGGGUAUCGGAGGACGUCAGCUUACUCUCUUCAGAUCGCAGGCGGAUAUCUGAUUCUACAAUGGCAUCAUUUGGAACUUGGGCACCACCCAAUUUCCCAGAAGGAGAGAGUUUUGUUUAUGCUCGGCCACACACACCAACAGAACCACCGCCACCAACAGUAGAGUACUUUACAAGUUCAAAAUCUGCUUCACGUCAGCACAAAAAGCAUCGCACUGGGUCUGCAAAAAACAUUGUGGUUGUUGAGAGUGUUGAUAUACCAGUCAACACUGUACAGCCAACUGGCACUGCACUCUGCUUGAGUGCACUCUGUGCAAUUGCUUUCACUUGUGCACUGGUUUUCCACGGAUUCAUGUUCUAUUACGCACUUGACACUCCCAUGUGGUUUAUGAUGAGCUGGCCAUUUGUCUUGAUACCGCCAAUUAUUUGCAGCAGUAUUUACCUCACAGUCAUAUCAAGAAAAGUAUCUGCAUUACCAAAUCCCACCAUGGUGUACCUGUAUGUAAUAUUCACAAUAACAUAUAUGACAUGGGCAUCAUAUAUCAUUUCUGCAAUAGACAAGGAAGGCAGAUGCAUUGAGGCAUCCCAUUAUUCACUCAUCGUCUCUAUUUUGGCAAUGACUGUUGUUGCCUGUGCCCUCGAAUGGUGGAUGACUGGUUGCAAGAGUAUGCAGCAUGCUGCAACUGACCUGAACUUCACUAUGGCUGUAUAUGGGAAAUAUCCAAUGAAGAGGAAAUUGAUCAUCACGCUGAGAAAUAAUGGGAAGAUUGUCAAGCAAUCUGCAUUUAACUUGGAGAAAUUUAUCAAGAAUUAUGACAUGAACUACAGUGGGCAAUGGAUUCCAGAUAACGUACUGCUCUGCAACAACCCAGUCCACUACUGGAAUGAGAAACACAAGCAUUGUCCCAUGAGAUACCCUGGAGAGUGCUCAGCAGGUGGCUCAGAAUUCAACAACACUUCUUGCCAUUAUGAGAACGAGAAGUUCAAACAAGAUCGCCCCAAGCAGUACAUCGUGCAGUACGUGGCAGAUGGUGUACCACUGAGAGAUGAUGAUGAUGACGAUGACCAGUACGGAAACAAGAAAAUCCGAGAUUACAGUAACGGAGAAUGUGAGACUGAUGACUCAUCAUUCAACAACAAUGUAGGCAAAAAUAAUACCAUUGCCUAAAUGGCAAGAUGAACAGAAAGCAGUCUGCACCCCGAGGAUAACACUGACGGGUCAUUACAUUAAGGGACAUUUAUUAUGCAGAAGACAGGAAUUUAUUACCAAAUGUGUUAAAAAUGUGUAAUUAAGUCAUGUAAAAUCAAAAGUGGUGACUCAUAUAUCUUGCAGAAAGGGCUUCCUGCCGACGAUGUGUGUUUGAAGAGAAUACUGCUUCCAGUAAGUUUUGUGCUGUACGUCUUUAUGGCUGAGACAUUUAUUACUGUUAUAAAUGUGAGUGCAACAUCAAUGUUGCAUAAUGAAAGUUUCUGCAUAACCAAUAUUCCAUAUUACUGACAUUACCUACAAGCCUGCAACGUUUUAACAAGAUCUGUGAGGAGAUAUGUGAGAAGUGGAACACUGCUUUCAAUAAGUCGUGCACUGCAUUUCUUUUUUAUUGGAAACAUUUAUUAUUGUGAUAAGUGUGAGUGCGUCAGUGUUGCAUAAUAAAAGUUUCAGACUAAUGAAUGUUCAGUACUACUUAUAUCUAAAAAUGUGGAAAUGUGGCAAAAGGUUUUCAAGGAGUCAUUUGUGGAGAGGAGUAGUGCUUUGAUAAGUUGUGUGCUGCACUUCUUGACAACUGAAAACAUUUAUUACAGUCAUAAAUGUGAGUGUAACAUCAAUCUUGUGAAAUGAAAGUUUCUGUGAAGUGAAUAUGCUGUAGUAGUGGUAUUGUUUACAAUCCUGGAAA